AUGGCCGCGCCUGCGGACACGCUAGCACUGUCGCAGCAAACUACGGCGAAGCUGGUGCUCCUGGGGGAGAUGGGCUCUGGCAAGAGCUCGCUGGUGCUCCGCUACGUCAAGAAUUCGUUCUACGAGUACCAGGCAAGUCAUGCUUCCACGGUCGGUGCCGCCUUUCUCACGAAAACAAUCCCCGAGCUGAACAUCAAGUUCGAGAUCUGGGGCGCAGCAGCGGCGAUCAUUGUGUAUGACAUCACUUCAACGGACAGCUUCAACCGCGCCAAGGCCUGGGUACGCGAGCUGCAGCGGCAGGGGGGCCCCAAUAUGAUCAUGGCAUUGGCAGGCAACAAGGCGGACCUGGAGAGUGCGCGCGCCGUCGUGGCUGAGGAGGCGCAGGCGUAUGCCAACGAGAACGGCCUCCACUUCCUGGAGACCUCUGCCAAGACGGCGGCGAACGUGAACGAGCUGUUCAGCGAAAUCGCGCGCAAGCUGCCAAAGGCAGACGCGCCGCGGCCGCCGCAGGGGGGGAUCGUGCUGGACAGCGCGCCGGCGCCGGCGCCCAAGAAGAACGCGUGCUGCAGCUCGUGA